AUGCGUCCCCAUCCUGAGAAGGCUCAAAGAGGGGGUGAAGAUGCCUUCGUCACAGAAGGCUCCUGGAUGGGUGUUGCUGAUGGUGUUGGGGGCUGGGCCGGAGAAGGCAUUGAUUCGGGGAUGUAUUCUCGGGAGCUUAUGGGACACUGUGGCAUUGGUUGUAAACAGCAAAGGGAAACCGGACCCCAAGGACGUCAGUACAAAGGCCCAGGGAUCAGCAACGGUCCUUGUGGCUGCAUUACAUGUACGCAGCAAACUUGGGAGACUUGGGUUCAUCAUAGUUCAAGCUCGGAGCCCAUGCAGCAUAGUUUUAACUUUCCGUUUCAAGUUGGAACAUUUGGUGACCAUCCGACGGUUGCAGAGGAAUUCAAGAUCCCUGUCUGCAAGGGGGACAUCAUUGUUUUGGGAACUGAUGGCCUUUUUGACAAUCUCUUCAACAACGACAUAGUCGAAGUUCUUAAAAAAUCUGACCAAGUCAACUUGAAGGUGAACUCUCGCUGUUGA